AUGGGCGCAUUCCCGCGCGCGCCGCAGCAAGGCGGAAACGUUCUCAAGCUGGUGGUGAGCGGCCCUGUGGCCUCUCCUCUCGGCGCCACCAUCCUCUCUACGCUCUCCUCUGCCCGCGGGCUGCAACUGGCUGCUGUGGUGGACGGCAAUCCCGAGGCCAACGGGCGGGACGCGGGGGAGGUGGCGGGUCUACCUGAGCCUCUGGAACUGCCAGUGGUGGCUGACGUCAUCAUGGUCCUGGCUUCCGUUGCUCAGUCACGGUCGACAGGCGUGUAUGUGGAUUUCACAGGAGAUGCGUCUGCUGCAUGUGAGAACGUGCGACAGGCAACGGCAUUCGGCCUCAGCAGUGUGGUGGUGGGGGCAUCUAUACCAGAGGAUGAGCUCAGCGGUCUCUAUGAGUUCUGCGAUAAGGCGUCUAUGGGCUGCAUCAUUGCCCCCACCCUCAGCAUCCUCUCCAUCCUCUUGGAGCGAGCUGCCACCCAGUUCGCCUUUCAUUGCUCACACGCUCACAUCAUCGAGUCACGCGCAGAGCUGACAGAGGCACCAUCAGAGGACGCUGUUCGACUGGCACAGCAGCUAGCUCAAGUGGGACGCACGUUCAACGGCAAUGACUCAUCCGAGGACCCGGCUCGGGGAUUGCUUAUGGAGGAGGGCGUGAGGGUGCACAGCAUGCAGCAGCCAGGGCUGCUGCAGAGCACUGACGUGCGGUUUGGGAGCAACGGACAGACGGCAUCUCUCCGGUUGGACAUAACAUCACAUGCAGCAUACAUGCCCGGUCUACUGCUCGCCAUCAGACGAUCGCCCAGGUUAAAGGGUCUUGUAUUUGGACUAGAGAAGCUAUUGUGA